AUGAGUCAAUUGAAAUAUCUCAUCACAUUUUCAAUUCUAUUAAGAUUCGGGUUUUUCUUUUUUGGAUUGUAUCAAGAUGAAUAUAUGCCCGUGAAAUAUACCGAUAUCGAUUAUCUUGUAUUCAAUGAUGCAUCCAAAUUUGUUUAUCAAGGUCUAUCGCCAUAUCUUAGAGAAACAUAUAGAUAUACCCCCAUUUUAGCAAUUUUGUUAAUACCCGACAAUUUUGGCAAGUACUGGUAUCAUUUUGGGAAAUUGUUAUUUAUGGUUAGUGAUGUUAUUACUGGACUAAUUAUAUUGAAACUUUUAUCAAAGCAACAACAAUUAUCGGAAAAGAAGAAAAUGAUAUUAUCCUCUAUUUGGUUAUUAAAUCCAAUGGUGAUAACUAUAAGUACACGAGGAUCUGCAGAAAGUGUAUUGACAGUAAUGAUUAUGUUGUCAUUGUACUACUUGUUGGAUAAAGACAAUGUUAUACUAUCUGCCAUAUGGUUGGGACUUUCUAUUCAUUUUAAAAUUUAUCCCAUAAUAUAUUUACCAAGUAUACUUUAUUAUUUAUCUUCCCAAGAAACCCCAUUUUUGGCGAGUGUUCCUGGAAUUAACCUUGUUAACGCCAAAAACUUGAAAUAUAUUAUUAUUACUUUGACUACAUUGGCAGUAGUUAAUUAUUUAAUGUUUUUAAAAUACGGAUGGGAAUUCAUAGACAAUUCUUAUUUGUAUCAUGUCACAAGACUCGAUCAUCGUCAUAAUUUUUCAGUUUACAAUAUGGUAUUAUAUUAUAAAUCGGCAUUAUUAGAAGAUUCUAAUGGGUUUGAUAUUGAAAAAAUCGCUUUUGUUCCACAAUUACUAUUAUCAGCAGUUAUAAUCCCAUUGAUAUUUGCUAAAGAGGAUUUAAUAUCAAGUUUAUUCAUUCAAACAUUUGUGUUUGUUGCAUUCAACAAAGUCAUUACAUCACAAUAUUUCAUUUGGUUUUUAAUAUUUCUCCCACAUUUCUUGUCCAAAACCAAACUAUUGACUACAGAUAAGAUUACUGGUAUAAGUUGUUUAUUAUUGUGGAUCAUUUCACAAGCCACUUGGCUAUAUUUUGCUUAUAAAUUGGAAUUUUUGGGAGAAAAUACUUUUGAUAAUGGGUUAAUGUAUUCAUCUGUGUUUUUCUUUUUAAGUAAUUGUUGGUGUACAAUGAAGUUUAUACAGAGUUUAUAG